AUGGCAGCUGGCAUCACCCCACCAGGAAGUUUCCUGGAUCCCCCUCUUACACCACCGCCUACGGUGCAGAAACCCUUGUCGAGAAGUGCCCAAAGCGUGGUGAAUCAUUUUCGUCUCCAUCGUGCGAGUGUCCGGCCAAGAUUUUGGUGGGAGGGUCGACUCAAACCAGACGACUAUACACAGAUCUUGCGUGUGCUUGAUACUGACGAAUCCCUUCGAAAUUACGUUGAAGACAAAGUACGAUACGAUUACGAUCCCUGCCGCGACUGCCUGAUAAUCCGAAUGCCAAGUCCUGUCCAUGAUACAUUUUGCGCAAGAAUAGUCGAUGAAAUAUCAAGACAAUUGAGGCAAUUCCAGAAGAACGACGGACCUCUCGCCAAUUUCGCCAAGCAGGUCGAGCAUUUUGCCACAUCCCGGAUCUUAAUACCCGAAGACACAGAGGAUGGUAAACAAACUUAUUCUAGACGAGAACCCGAUGCGUCGUUCGGACAUCGUCAGGCGCUUUACCCCGGUGUAAUCGUGGAGGUAUGCUAUUCACAAAAGAGCAGGCGUAUCUCCCACCUGGCGGAUGAGUAUAUUUUAAAUACUGAUGGGAGUGUGAACGCGGUGGUCGCCUUGGAUAUCGAUUACGAAGGCUCUUAUAGAGCGACAAUUACCGUAUGGCGACCGGAAUAUGCAAUAGUAGAUGGUAUGGAGGAGUUUCGGGUGAACGCAGUUAUAGAAGCACAGCCCUUUCGGACAGACUCGGGACUUCCAACCGAAGGAACAGUGCUACGACUAUCGCUUAAGGACUUCGCAACGGAGGAACUCGCACGAGGGCAUGUAGGCCUUGACCCGCUGAAGCACGGCAGCAAGCACAGACGCAACAGCAAGGCUCAAUCAAUCGAAUACGACCAGGCGCUUUAA